UAUUGUUUUCCAUUUUGUAAAUUAAUUAAUAGUAUUUAUUUUAAAAUUAUUAUUAUAUUAGAAUUUGAUUUUAUUACAAAGUAAGCCUGUUCAUAUUGAUACAAAACAAUGGAUAAGCCGGAAGUGCGAAAAAAGUUUAUGGAAAAUAUGAAUCAAUUCCUACCACUCGUAAAGCUGAACAUCAUGUUUAUGAAACUACUGGAAAGCCAUUCAUGCAAAAACCUAUUAAGCACAUUAAAUUCAACAGUGCCUCGCAAAAAAGGAUUUUCGUCUAACGAUGAAAAAAAGUUAUUCAUAUUUACCGAAUUUAACCGAGAUCGUUACUCAUGCAAAGAGCUUAUUGAAAUCCUCAAGAAUUGUGACCAGGAUGAGGCGGCCAAAGUGCUGGAAGAGUACAACCAGUCCACGACACCCAUAAUCUACUCGUCCGACGUUGAAAUAAAGGUCAAAAACGCCCAUACCUUGCGAUCGGGCGCCUCCCGUUGGUUCGUUAUGGACGGCCCUUCCCGGGGGCGGGUAAUCUUGUUUCUACAGCUGGAUGAGCUCAAAAAGGAGGCAGAUCGUUUUGACAACAUUUUUCAACAAUUGUAUUUCUCGGUCGAGAUUUACGUGAACUACUCGUGCGACCGGAUUCUGGACACUCUUAAGACUGCUUCCGAAGGGGAGUUCAAAAAGGAUGCGCUGAUUGUGAUGUUCAUAGGCCAUGGCCGCGAUCAGAUGGUCCAGGGUAACGGUCCCAGCGAUGAAAUACACAUCAAAAAGCUGGUCGACCUGUUUUCUGAAAGCAAAUGUCACCCGACUCUCAACACUGGUGCCGAUCCGCGGGAACCAGUGGUGGAUAGGGAGUGGAUGGAUGGCACCACUCGCACCUUCAUAUGCUAUGCCUGUGCCGAUGGUACUGAGUCCUUUUAUACCGGCAAUGGAUACACAUUAUAUGGCGAGGUAUUCAGCCACUGUAUCGCUGAAUACGCAUGCGACUUGAAUUUGACACAAAUAUUUAACAAGACGUGCGAUGAGAUGAACAGGGCUAUUAUACAACAACGUCCGGAGCUGAUUAUGAAAAACGUGGACAGGGAGUUGUAUUUUAACCCCGGUCUCUAUAAAGCUAAAUAA